AUGGAGUCUGGCAUGGAGGAGAUCCCAGUUAAAGUCGCAGUUCGAAUCAGACCUCUGCUUUCCAAAGAAGUACUUCAUAACCAUCAAGUGUGUGUGCGAUUAGUCCCAAAUACACAACAGAUUAUUAUUGGGAAGGACCGUGUCUUCACUUUUGAUUUUGUAUUUGGCAAAAACUCAACCCAAGAAGAAGUUUACACGGUUUGCAUUAAGCCUCUUCUAGUGUCAUUGACUGAGGGAUACAAUGCUACAGUGUUUGCGUAUGGACAGACAGGUUCUGGGAAGACUUACACCAUCGGAGGUGGCCACAUUGCAUCAGUUGCAGAGGAUGAAAAGGGCAUAAUCCCACGGGCUAUUCAGGAAUUAUUUCAGCACAUUUCUGAAAACCGUAACAUUGACUUCCAUGUGAAAGUGUCUUAUAUAGAGGUUUACAAGGAAGAACUUCGAGAUUUAUUGGAUUUGGAGACCUCUGUGAAAGAACUACAUAUCCGAGAAGAUGAAAAGGGAAAUACAGUGAUUGUUGGGGCUAAGGAAUUCCAGGUAGAAUGUGCAGAUGAAGUGAUGACCCUGUUGGAAAGCGGCAAUGCAGCUCGUCACACAGGAACAACACAAAUGAAUGAACACUCUAGUCGAUCUCAUGCCAUUUUUACCAUCAGUAUUUGUCAGAAACGGUCUGUAGAGUCUCAGAAAAAUACUGAUGCUGCACAGAAUUCAUCUUGGAAAUCGGCCGAGAUGAUUGCUUCGAAGUUUCAUUUUGUGGACUUGGCAGGAUCAGAGAGGGUGACAAAGACUGGAAAUACUGGUGAACGCUUCAAAGAGUCAAUUCAGAUAAAUAGUGGUCUGUUGGCCUUGGGAAAUGUCAUCAGUGCCUUAGGAGACCCAAAAAGGAAAAGUGUACAUGUUCCAUACAGGGAUGCUAAAAUAACUCGUAUUCUGAAAGACUCACUUGGAGGAAAUGCCAGGACUGUCAUGAUAACAUGUAUAAGUCCAUCCUCAUCAGACUUUGAUGAAUCUUUAAAUUCGCUCAAAUAUGCCAACAGAGCCAAAAACAUUAGAAAUAAACCAGUUGUAAAUUACAACCCUGAUCAAGACCGGAUUGAUGAAAUGGAACUUGAAAUCAGAUUGCUUCGAGAAGCUUUGCAGAACCAGCAAGUCAAUAAUCAGUGUUCACACAACGUAAAUCAAGAAAAAAAUCAUAUCAGUUCACUUGAGGAGCAGCUCACCCAGCUUCAGGUUCAAUAUUUCAGUUAUAGAACUUGUGUAGAUGAAGCCUUCCCAUUUCUGGUUGAUUUGAAUGAUAAUAUUAGCUUACAAAGAAGUCAGCGGGACAGGUUGCAAAGCUGGAUUACUAUGGUACAGGAAGUGAGGAAGGAAGAUCUCAUGAUGCAGAAAGCUGACACAGGAACUGGAACUAGCCAAACACCACAUCAUACCACGAUUCUUCAACUAAAGCAGGAACUAAAGAAAUUCCAGCAGGCUCUCAUUAUGGAUGAAGAAGUAUUUAGCCAGAAGAAUCAUGAACUGCAGGUAUUGCAGAAUCGGAUAAAGACAUUACUACAGGAAAACGAAGAACAACUGCAAUCUUUAAAGGAAGCUCAAGAAACUCAUAGAUUACAG